AGAUUCAGAGCCAGUACCUGGUGGGUCAGUGGUUAUUUGAACCUGGAAAUAAUUUGCUAAAGAAGCCUAAUAAUUGUCUAUAACUGUGUAACUGUGUUUGAGUCUGAGUGUUAUUGUUUAAAAAUGUGAAGUAAUAUGGUGAAAUAGAUGUUGCUGUUGUUUUGAUUCAGUAUCAGCCGGCCACCAAUUUAACGAUAAUAAUAGGCCUAGGCUCAACGCCUGAUAAAACUGCCUCCCGAAUUGGUCAGAGAGCCAGUCGGCAACAAGCCGUCAGUAUAAGAACACUGGUCAUCCAGAGCGGUUCUAGACCGGUACUGCCAUAUCGGCACUCUGCGUAUCUCAAGUUCUCUUAUUAUUAUCAUUUAGCUUUAAUUUUAAUUACUUUGAUCCGGUGAGAAUGUUUUAAAUAUUUGAUUGUUAGAAUAUUAGGUCUUUUUUAUGUCAACGUUUUAGUUUAUGGUUUUGCAGGACAAUUGAAACGACUAUCGGCCAAGUGGUCUUCAGAAAACCUGAUCUACAAAAAUGACGCAUCCUAUGAUAUCUUCUACUUUGGCGUCAUUCGUGCUUACUAUUAUCGUAGCUUAUAUAGUCAAGAUCAUCUAUAGAAGAAUACUAUUUUUAAGGAAAUUCAAAGGAUUACCUGGCCCUAAAGCUUAUCCACUCAUUGGGAGUUCUAUGGACAUUUUAUUUUUGAAGCGGAAUGAAUUGAUGAAACUGAAUGCUGAGAGGAGAGAAGAAUACAAAUCAAUCUAUUUGCAAUGGUCUGGCCCAUUUGCAGAAAUCCAUCUUCUGAGGCCAGAAUAUGCUGAGGUAGCAUUGAAAAGUACUGUGAACAUAACAAAAUCGUUGGCGUAUGACUUCCUGAAUGAUUGGCUUGGUACUGGUCUACUAACAAGUGCAGGCAGAAAAUGGCAAGAGAGACGAAAAAUGAUUACACCUGCGUUCCAUUUUGGAAUUCUGGAGGACUUUGUUGAGACAUUUGGUGAGAAGAGUAGGUUUCUUGUGAAUUUAUUGGAAAAGAAGGAAUUUGGUAAAGAGUUCAACAUAUAUCCAUUGAUAACAAACUGUGCACUAGACAUCAUUUGCGAGUCAGCAAUGGGUACCCCGGUGAAUGCUCAGGAAAAGAGUGGAUCAGAGUAUGUGAAAGCGGUCUUUGAUGUCAGUGAACUGAUACUCCACAGAGCUUUGAGACCAUGGCUGUUUGCGGAUAACGUAUGGAAGAUGUCAAGUAAAGGGAGAGAAUUUUACAGCAAACUGAAAACUCUCCAUGAUUUUACGGAUAAAGUAAUCAUGGAACGAAGAGCGGUCAGAGCCAUUUCAAAGAAUUCAAUUCAUUCCGAAACAGAUGAUGGAGUUGGGAGAAGGAAGAAGAGAGCUUUCCUAGAUUUGCUCCUGGAGGCAUCUGAAAAUGGACAUGAAUUAUCGCAAGCUGAUAUAAGAGAGGAAGUUGAUACAUUCAUGUUUGAGGGACAUGACACAACUGCGGCCAGUAUUGCCUGGGUGAUAUUUCUCUUGGGAAACAACCCUGAAGUUCAGGACAAAGUAGUGGAAGAAUUGAAUGAUAUCUUUGGUGACUCAGAUCGGUUGGCUACCAUACAUGAUCUGAAUAGCAUGAAAUAUUUGGAAAUGGUCAUUAAAGAGACACUAAGACUUUAUCCGAGUGUACCCUUUAUUGGACGGCUUGUAACUGAAGACUUUGUUGUGGGUCCCCAUAAAAUCCCAGCGGGUGUUUGGUUAAACAUUGAAUUAUUCAACGUUCAUAGAUGUAAAGAUCAUUAUCCUGAUCCAGAAAAGUUCAACCCAGACAAUUUUCUGCCAGAAAAGAUGCAAAAUCGACAUCCAUUUGCAUACGUCCCCUUCAGUGCUGGCCCUAGAAAUUGCAUUGGUCAAAAAUUCGCUCUACUUGAAGAGAAAACAGUACUAUCAUCUAUUUUGAGGAAAUUCAGAGUAGAAUCAACUGAGAAGCAGGAAGAUAUUUGCUUGAUAAUGGAUCUUGUUCUUCGACCCGAGUCUGGUGUCAAAAUCAAAAUGUACCCUAGAGACGACAAAAAUACAAAGUAGGCAGAUAAUUAAUGAGUUGGGAUGAAAGUGUUCUCAUCAUCUGAUAAUGAUAAAGUAUCGGCUCAGAGAAUGAGGUGUGAAAAUUAAACUGAUGUUGGAAUAGAUCUUCAAUCUUUGCUCUUCAUGACGUGGAGAGCCUCAUCCAAGUUCAAUGCAUGGUUUCUUAGUUAAUGUUCUGAAGAGUUUAAUUAUUUAAUACAAAGAGAUUCAAAUCUGAUCAUGACCAUGACCUAUAUUUAGGUACGGUACCGUAUCAUCCAUUCAUGCUGAAUGAGGAAAAGAUUUAAAUUCUGGAAUAUUGAAUAAUCUCUCACCAUCAACCAUGUAUAAAUGAGAGGCAUUCAACUUUGCUAGGUAUUUAUUUCAAAUAUGAUUCUCCACUGUAGACUGACUGACACAUUUUUAGCUUUACGUGACAUGUUUGAAUUAUUUUUGUAGGCUCAUUAUACAAUGUAUCAUCAUAAUUAUUCACUGGAUGAACGUGGUCCAAUUAUUGGAUGAAUGAAGCAUUAGAAAAGGAAUAAUGUAAAUAUGAUACAAUAUAUAAUAUAAUACAUUUACAAGAUUUUAAUGUACUGAAAGUGUGCUUUUACUUUGAUUAUAUAGAUUAAUAGAUUUUAGUAGUUAUUUAUGAUAAUAUAUAGUGGUCUUCAAAAUACCUGCAAAUGUAUGGUAAUUGAAAAUGAAAUGUAAUAACUUAAGGGUUUUGAAUCUCAAUUUUGUUCCAAAUA